GGAUACGCUGAGCAAAAAGUUGGCGAGGGCCAGACCACAUCAAUUCAUUUUGGGCAGCGCAAUUGGAAGACAUCAACCACAGUAGUUCGCGCACAGACCAUAUCGCGGUGCUGGCCAGGCCCCUGAAUCUGAUCGGAAGCCCCGCGCUUAGGUUUGGAAUGCCCCGCCAAACUUCAGGAGCUGAAAACAGUUUCCAUUUCUCAAGCUUCACUCCUCUCUCUCCCUGAACCCUUCUCAUAUUACCUAUAUUUCUUUCUACACCUAAGACUAUAUCUUGUUCUUGACGUUCUACAAUAGAAUCUUGCGCCCAAGCGCAUACUACUGCCAUGCCUACACUACGCGUUGAGCCCUCGCUGCUCUUAGCUGCGCUGGUGCUGCUCGUGUUCUGGGCGCGGCCCGCCCAUGCCUUUGGUGCUGGGAAUAUCGCCUCUAUGGCCAAGAUUGAGGGACAGAACUGGCGUCAUGGAGAUAUCGAAGACACUCUCCUGACCCUACUCAUGAGUCGCGCCACGAACAAGAAGUUCAGCAAGAUGGACGUCAAAAGAGUCUACUUCGGGAACUGGCUAAGAGAUUACUCACAGGCUGUCGAUGUUGGCACGCUCAAGAUGGUCAGCGGCGAAGCUAUUCGUAUCCUGCUCUGGAUUCUGGGCUUCAUGAGCUUCGGCUAUGGAACGAAGGAGUUCGAAGUCACCACGGAAAGACUUGGCUGCUACAGACCAGAGGAACACAUCGAUAACCCCAAAGACUACGCCGACAACAUUGAUGCCCGACAAUAUGAUCGAAGACUUCGUGGACCUGUCGAUGAGAGACGUGAGCUCAGCAUUGACGAGCGCACUGGUCUGAAAAAUUACAUUGCGUCUGAGGAUAUUGGCAUUACAACUUCUGCUGGUAUGGUCCGUGACCUUUUCAGACGGUGUGUCGACCUUGGCCGCCGGUACAACCGUAGCAAGAAUAAGGCCGAAUUCUACGAGGCUCUACGCUUGUUGGGAACUGGGCUCCAUUGUUUGGAGGAUUACUCGGCCCAUUCAAAUUACACCGAAUUGGCUCUAAUUGAGCUGGGUGAGCGCGACAUCUUCCCUCACGUCGGUCGCCGGACACAGGUGCAGAUUCGUGGCGCACGCAAUCAGGUCUAUCCAAUUGUGACCGGGACAUUCGGUGGCGUUGACUUCCUUCACUCCGUCAUGGGUGAGCUUUCGGACAAGGCCACUCAGUCGGAGAUUCAGGAGCUUGAGGGGACCAUUGCGCAAUCACAGAAUCAGCAAGCCAACAACAGUCUCUUGAAAGAUCUGCUUGACAAGCUCCCGGGAGGCAUCUUUGGUGGAAGCGACGAGAAGGGCAAGGCCGAUGAACUCCAGGCCAAUGCCCAGGCAGCCCAGAUGCAAAACAUGAACAUCUCUCCUCGUCAGCCAGAAGCGUGGGCGAACCAAAUGCAAGAGAUGCAACGCCAAAUAUACCCAAUCAUUGAAUAUCACGACGAGGUUAUGCAGGGCAUCAGUGAGACCAUUGACAAGAUUCCUGUUCUCCCGGAACUGGUUGAACAGAUCCAGGAGCAAGUCAAUGUCUUUGUCUUUUCACUCCUUGCCCCAUUCGUGCUUCCAGUCAUCCGCCAAGUCAAGAAUGAGCUCGCCACUGGGUCAUCGGAGAUCAUCCAGAGCUCCCGGGAAAAGCAGCUGAUCGUCUUCCGUGAUGACAAUUGCACCGAUCCAACGCAUUCCAUGCUAUCAAAAGACCACUUUAGUAAUGUCUUGAACGAACCUGCUGGCAAGAUUGCGUCACAAGUCCUUAAAUGGGCAGUUCCUCAGCUCGUGGAAUGCUGGGACGAUGAGGGAAUCGAUGCUGACCGCACCAUCCACCGCAUCAUUAACGGUGUAUUCCACCAUCCUGCUAUGCGUGACUACGGCGACGACGGUGCCAGGGAUGGUCGCCAGCUCAUGUUUGGCGUUGUCCAGAAAUGGUGGGGUGAGAUGAGCCGACGCGAACAGGACGAUCUCCGCGAUAAACUUAGCCGUAGUGGUGUCGAGAAUGGCCGCAACCACAAAGAAGGUGUCCAUGACAAGGGUCACGGAUGCGGAAAGCCUCUUGGUAUGCCUAACGUCGGGACUGCCAACAGCUCUGGAGCUAUUGGAGGCGUUCUUGGUGCUCUUGCAGGCGCUGGUGGUUCCUCAUCGUCGGGUGGUAAAGGCGGAGACAAAUAUACCAAACAAGUUGGCAACCUUGCAUCCGAGGCUGUCGGCGGUGGUGCGCUUGGCGGACUCGUUGGGGGUCUUGUCAGUGGUGUAGGAGCCGACCUUCUUGGUGGCGCGUUCGGAGAGCAGGAGAAGAAGAAGUCCAAAAAAGAGAAAUACAACGAUGAUGGAUCUUACACGGAGACAUAUCAAGAAAAAGGACAUAAGAAAUCUGGAUCCCGCGGCCGUGAAGAAGAGCGAUUUGGUCAAGCCCAGUACAGCCAAACGACCUAUCCUGGUGGCGGACGUCGCGAAGAGUUCUCUCGCUUCGAACAGGAUGGUCGAGGUGGCGAGCCGUACGGAGUACAGCAACGCGUCGAGACCACCGGUCAUGGACGGGCCGGCUAUGAACAGACUGAACAGACACGUUAUGAUCGACCGGGAGGCCAAUGGGAGUCGCGCGAGUCACGUGAAGGCUAUGACAGCCGUGGCGACUAUUACCAGACUGAGACCAAAUCCUCCGGCAAGAAGUCGAAGAAGCAGGACUCUGAGGAUGAAGAUUCCGAAGACAACGGUGAGGACGACUGGAAGAAGCGUGAGAAGAAAGAGCGUAAGAAGCGUGAAAAAGAAGAGAAGAAGCGCCGCGAGCAAGGAUAUGGCGGUGGCCGCGACAAUGAUUCCGAUGAGGAGAAGAAGUACAAGAAGAAGAGCAGUGGCGAGCACAAACGCCGCUCUGGCGAAGGUGGCCACCAGCAGUCUUACGGCCAAGAGCGGAGCUAUGGCCAAGAACAGUCAUACGGUCGUCAAGAACAGUCUUAUGGCCGUCAAGAGCAGUCAUCAUACGGUGGUGGUCGUGAGCAGGAAUCUUCCUAUGGAGGAGGUGGUGGCUAUGGUCGCCAGGAGCAGUCUUACGGCGGCGGAGACUCAGGCGGAUACUCGCGACCUGCUGAAGGAUACGGCGGAGACUCAGGGGGAUACGACGGCCGUCAGCAAGGCUAUGGAGGAGAUUCAGGUGGUCGCCAGCAAGGCUACGGGGGAGAUUCAGGUGGCCGCCAGGAGAGCUACGGUGGUGACUCGGGCUACGAACGCCGUGAAGAAGGCGGUUACGGUGGUGACAGUGGCGGCUAUGGCGGUGACUCAGGGGGAUAUGGCGAGCGUCGUGGCGGAUAUGGAUCUCGUGGAUAUGGCGGGUCGGACUAAACCAAUACCCCUGGAGGGUUAGUGCUUGGUAGCAAUUCAGUUGAGAUCACGGUGGGCGAGCGCAGUAUUAGAAGAUGAAAAUACCCAUGUAGUUGUAUAAGCGCAAGCUGAAUGCGAAAGGUCCGAUAGUCUGAGUUUGGCCGUUAUCUAAAACGUAUUAUUAUAUAUGAAGCCCUUUUUGUUCGCCUAAGCAACAGGCAACCGUUAGC